CCAUCUAUGUUCAUAGAAGAGUUUGUUUUAUAUCCGACUGCUUAUUUUCCUAAUGUGUAUAUAUCAUGUACUGUAGAAGAAAAUGUUCCUUUCCUUUCGAGUUUGAUGCAGAAUAUUUUUCACAAAUUUCAAAAACUGCUUGGCUGUUAAAUUCUGAAGCAUAGCUUCGAACUGCAUCAAGGUUAGUUAAGCAUCCAAAACAAAGAAAUCUAUUGAACGGUCUAGGGGCAAGACUUGGGAGGGGAAGAAUGAGUGAAAACAAAGUGGUUGUGAAUGACCGUGCCUUUUUUGGCUGUUUUAAUGGAGUGGAACAAUAAAGACACAACGAAGCAGAAAGAGAAAGAGUUGCCGCAGACAUCGGAAAACAUAUUUCAGGCAAAGGACAUUGGCAUAAGUUUGCUGUUAUCUUUGAAUUCUGUGCUGGAUUUCUAUCUCAAAUUGCUUGUUUAAGCAGAUCCGGAAAUGCAGAAGGAACGCUACAGAAAUGUCAGCAUGUGCCAACAAAUUAAAGUGCUUUUAUUGAAGAAUAUAAUUGUGAAAUGGAGAAUGAAAAAACAAAGUUUCCAGGAAUGGUUCGCAUCAAUUCUUCUUCUUCUUGCGAUGCUAUUUCUGUCAUCAGGCUUAUACAUAGGUCCAAAUGUUGAAAUCCCUCAUGGAGACCUUGGUCAGCUAGACGCACUUUCUUUCAACUUUUCUACACUUAAAAUUGCUUAUACUCCUGGAACAAAAACAGCAAGAGCAAUAAUGGAGAAGGUAGAAACAGUCUCCGUCAUGGGAGGUGUAACAACAAAACUCAUGGAAGAUGAAAAAGCAAUAGAAGAAGCACACAAGGAGGAGGAUGACAUCAUUGGAGUUAUAUUUCAGGAUCGCUUCUCCUAUCGACUCCGAUUUUCAGUAAGAAAAGUGAAUUCUCCCAUUGACUACGCUGCAGACAUAGAUUUAUGUUACAACUAUUCAUCAGAAUAUUGUUCCAGUCCACAAUACUGGUUCAGCGGAUUUCUAUCAUUGCAGUCCAGCAUUGAUGCUGCUCUCAUAGAACUGACCACUGGUCAUUCCGUAUGGGACGAAAUGAAGUCAAUUCGCGGCAUCCGUAUGAGAUCACCUUCUGUUUUGCCAUCACUUAGCACUGACUACAGCUUUCUCCUUCUGGUUAUGCCUAUGUGCUUUUUCCCAUUGAUAUACUUCUUGUCACAAAAUGUUUCAAGGGAAAAAAGGAAGCUGAAGGAAUUGAUGAAUAUGAUGGGAGUGAGAGAUAUGGCAUUCUGGCUUUCCUGGAGUUUGCUGUAUGCAGUGUAUAUCCUGAUCAUGACCAGUUUGCUGACACCUAUUAUCUACCAUUUAAUUUUCCCCACAGGCAGCUUCUUUGCUCUAUUUCUUCUGUUCUUCCUUUAUGGAAUAUCAUCUAUCCAUUUCUGUUUUAUGUUCAGUUCUCUCCUAAAGACAGCGAAAGCCACCAGCUCUGUUGUCUUUGUCCUCACGUUCUUUUUUGGAUCCCUCAGUGUUAUUAUGUUGAUAUUUAGAAUGCCCGCUCCUUUGGUAUGGACUUUGAGCCUCAUCUGCCCUUUUGCUUUCGGUGCUGAAAUUUCAAAGGUUAUCGUGUUUCAAAAAUAUGGAAAAAGCUUACAUUUGUCUAACAUAGUGGAGGACUCAGGUUUUUAUAGCCUGCUUAUUGACAGUGUUUUAUACAUGCUGCUGGCUCUCUAUUUUGACAAAACAAUUCCUGACAAAUAUGGAGUGCCUUAUCCUCCUUUGUUUUUUCUAAAAAAGUCCUACUGGUUUAAAUCAAGAAGCAGCUAUAUUCAAGAACAAAGCCAUAGCAAUAUCUUCAGUGAUAACGUUGAACCCGUAUCGCCUGAAUUUGAUGCAAAAGAAUCCAUCAGAAUCAAUAAUAUUAAAAAAACAUAUGAAGAGAAGAACAUGAAAACAGAAGCUCUGAGAGGCUUGUCCUUGAAUAUUUACGAAGGCCAGAUCACCGCAAUUCUUGGUCACAGUGGAGCUGGAAAAACGACGCUGCUAAACAUUCUCAGUGGGUUUUCCAACCCAUCUGCUGGUUCUGCAACAAUAUUUAAGUAUAAUAUAACCAAAAGGGAAGACAUGGAGGAAAUUCGGAAGAUCAGUGCUGUUUGUCCGCAAUUCAAUGUUCAAUUUGAAUUUUUAACAGUGAAGGAAAACUUAAAGACUUUUGCUAAAUUGAAGGGAGUUCCAUCCAAUGACGUAGAAAAUCAGGUGCAAAAAUUAUUGACCCUAUUGGAUAUGAAUGCCAUUCAAGACUCCCUAGCUUAUCGUUUAAGUGGUGGACAGAAACGAAAACUAUCUCUCGGAAUGACUUUGUUAGGAGAACCACAGGUCUUAUUACUAGAUGAGCCGACUGCAGGAUUGGAUCCUUACUCUAGACAGCUAGUUUGGGCCCUGUUGAACGAGCGCAAAGCGGGUCGCAUAAUUCUCUUCACUACACAGUUCAUGGACGAAGCUGAUAUUCUUGCUGACCGGAAAGCUUUCAUCUCUCAUGGUCGGCUUAAAUGCGUUGGUUCCUCUUUAUUCCUGAAGAAAAAAUGGGGCAUUGGCUAUCACUUAAGGAUGCAUGUAAAUGAGUUUUGUGACUCUGAGAAGACAACAUCCCUUAUCAAACGAUACAUCCCUGCAGCCAAAUUGUCUGGAGAACGUGAAAAUGAGCGGAGUUAUACACUGCCUUUAGAAAACGUGGAUAAAUUCCCAGAUCUGUUCCAUGACAUGGACAACCAGGCAGACCUUGGGAUUGUUAAUUAUGGGGUUACUAUGACAACUUUGGAAGAUGUCUUCAUGAAACUGGAGGACAAUGAAACAACUGAAGAAGAUUAUGGAGUUCUUCUGGAAGAGGACGGACGUGGUGCUGAUGAAACAGAACAAAAUCUACUAUUGCUGUCUGAUGCGGGAAAGUCAACAGUAAGGGGCAUGGAGCUCUGGAGACAACAAGUGUGUGCCAUAGCAAGAAUGCACUUCUUACAACUCAAGCGGGAGAGCAAAUUCUGGAGAAAUGUAUUUCUUCUUUUUGGAAUUGUACUAGUUCCUUCUUUUAUACAGUUGGUCGCAGCUGGUUUGAGGAAGGACUUACAUAAUGUAGAACUACAUUCUAGACUUUAUUUUGAGCCAGGGACUAAAUUUGAUACAGGAUUCUCUGGGCUUCUGAUCCUUAAUGAUACAGGUGCAAGUAUUGACCAUUUCAUCCGUGCUGUGAGGAGUCAGAAUAUCUUUGCAGAAACAGCCACCGGGAGUAAUGUCAGCGACCAGCUAGUACACAAUGGAGCUAUAAAAGUGGCCCUGGAGAAGGAGAAGUACCAGUUCACCCUUAUGUGCCACAUGGAAGUCAUGAACUGCUUUCCGGUGCUUGUCAACAUCAUCAGCAAUGCGCUUUUGCGAAUGUUUAAUUCUACUUCCCAUAUUCAAAUCUGGAAUCACUUAUUUCGUUAUCCUUUCAACCGUGAACUAUGGAUUUACUCUUCUCACAUUAACAUUUUUGGUAUUAUGGUUUUAUUUCCUGCUUUUGCACCACACUUUGCAAUGAACAGUGUUCGUGACUACAAGUUAAAAAUUCACUCCCAGCUUCGAGUCUCAGGGCUCUUUCCUUCAGCCUAUUGGUGUGGACAAGCUCUAGUGGACUUCCCUGUGCAUUGGAUUAUACUCUUUGUAGUGUUUGGAGCACAAUGGUUUCAACUUCUAAUGACCGGGAGUAUGCCUAAUGAACCCAUCGUAAUUUUUUGCUUUGUGUUAUUUCUACUUAGCUACGGCGUAUCAGUUGUCUUGCUGCUGUACGUAGUUGCUUUCAUAUUUCGCAAAGGACAGUAUGCUAGUAGUUUUUGGUCUUUCACCUUAAUGUUGAUUAUCGUGAUUCUCCUCAUUACCAGUAUUUUCUUCUACCAGUUUGAAGAGCUCCCUCUGAAUCAUGUGAUGGUUUUUUUGAUACCUCUAUAUCCAUCAGUAAUCUUCUCUAUGAUUUUUACAAUGUUGAUGUACUUACCUAAAGAUGUUCCUGAGUUAGCCACGACUUUUACUCAUUUUGAAACGUUCCUCUUGACAUCUGCAUUUGCGCCUUUCUUCCAGUGCAUAAUUUUCAUUUUUUUAUUGCGCUAUCUGGAGAUGAAAUACGGCAGCCCAAUAAUGAGAAGAGAUCCUGUCUUUAGGAUUUCUCCACAGAGCAAAAGCAGCCGUAAGAAUCCUGAAGAAGCGAGUGAAGAUGAUGACAGAGACGUUCAAGAUGAAAGGACAAGAGUACAAUAUGCAAUGGCUUCACCGGAUCAGGAAGAGAAACCAGUCAUUAUUGUCCACAAUCUGCGCAAGGAAUACAAAAGCAAAAAGGCUUGUUCCUGUUUGAAGAAGAACAAAGAGCAAAAGAAAGCAGCCACCAGAAAUGUCUCUUUUUGUGUUAAAAAAGGAGAAGUCUGGGGACUAUUGGGGCCCAAUGGGGCUGGUAAAAGUACAACAAUUAGUAUGAUUACGGGAGACACAGAACUGACUGCUGGACAGGUGCUGAUAAAAAAGGCCAAUGCAGCUACAUCAUUUGCAAAAGAAGAAAACGGUACAGGUUUUCUUGGCUACUGUCCUCAGGAGAAUGCCCUUUGGUCCAACCUGACCAUGAGAGAACAUCUGGAGGUUUAUGCAGCUGUGAAAGGGAUAAGGAAAGAUGCUGCUGCUGUUGCCAUCAACAGAAUUGUGCAAGCGCUGGAACUCCAAGAGCAUUUGAAAAAGGCAACCAAGACACUAGCUGCAGGAUUAAGUAGGAAAUUAUGCUUUGCUCUGAGUGUGCUGGGUGAUCCAACUGUGAUGCUGUUAGAUGAGCCAACAACAGGAAUGGAUCCCAGAGGAAAACGCCAGGUGUGGAAAGUAAUCCAUGCCUUACUGAAGGGCAAAGACCAAGGAGCCAUUUUGACAACUCACAAUAUGGAAGAAGCUGAGGCGAUGUGUGACCGAGUAGCUAUCAUGGUGUCUGGACUGCUCAGGUGCCUUGGCUCCAUUCAGUACCUGAAGAGCAAAUUUGGCAAAAACUAUUUGCUGCAAAUAAAAGUAAAGGGAGUGGAGCAAGGGGAUCUUGUGAACGCGGAAAUUCUGCGGAUCUUUCCACAGGCGGCUCGUCAAGAAAGGAUACCCACUUUGUUGGUCUACAAAAUACCAAUGGAUGAUGCACUGCCGCUAUCAAAAGCCUUCUCUCUGCUAGAGAAAGCUAAACGGACCUUCAGUCUGGAGGAGUACAGCUUUUCUCUGAACACUUUGGAACAGGUUUUCCUCGAACUUUGCAAAGACCAAGAGCGAGAUCGAGUUGAUGCUGCUCUGGAUUCAACUUUUGAGUGGAAGCACCUGCAGCAGGAAGAUUUCUAAGCUGCCGUUGGCCAAAGACUUUCUCUCUUGAUCCCUUGAUGUGAGAAGGAUGAGAGGCAGACAGAACAGCAUGCAGAGUCUCUGCCUCAUUUGUUACGUUGUGCAACUAAGCAGCUUGCACCAGUAGCUAGAACCCAUUUAUAUACCAGUAUUUCAAAGACUGUCCACUGGAUUCUUCCUAUGUAUUUUUGUAUUUACUCAGAUUGUGUUACCUAUAGACUGGAGCCCUGUUAUGGCAAGAAAAACCUAUUUAUACAUCUCUCUAUAGGCAUAUUAUCCAUACUAGUAACCAUACUAGAUAUAUAUAUAAUUAAGACCAGGGACAAAGAAAAAUAUACUAUUUGAACAACGUGCCAAGUGAGCUACUAUAUCAAAACAAAGAGGAAUAAAUACUAGAAGGGUCUAGUUUUUUAAGACCUUUGCAUAUUUGUCUGAAAAUUCUGUAUUUGCAUACCUGUCUAAAACUGCAAUAGGAACCCAGGCUUUUUAACCUGGACUUUUAUUUACUUUGAAAACUAUUGUCUCAUGUAACACAGUUCUGCUUGAGUUUCCAUUUUUAGAGGCUGAAAUUAAAAGGUUGUAAGCUAAA